CGGAUGUGUGACGUCACAUGCGUAACGCACAUGAGCAGCUAUGGCGGAGAGUUAGUGGCGACUUAUUUUUCCGGUAAUAGCAACAUCGGUUUCUCGCAGAUACACCAAAGUGCAUAAUUGUUUUUCGUUUGCGAUCAAACUUUGUUUUAUCUCGUGCACCUUCGGGUUUUCUUUCUCUCGAGGCGGGUGGAAGCGAAAAGAAGAUGCCUAAUAUUAAGAUAUUCAGCGGAAGCUCCCAUCAGGAUCUGUCUCAGAAAAUCGCCGACCGCCUUGGCUUGGAGUUGGGCAAAGUGGUGACCAAAAAGUUUAGCAACCAAGAGACAUGUGUGGAGAUUGGAGAGAGUGUACGUGGGGAAGAUGUCUACAUUGUCCAGAGCGGCUGUGGCGAAAUUAAUGACAAUUUAAUGGAGCUUUUGAUUAUGAUCAACGCCUGCAAGAUCGCAUCUGCCUGCCGAGUCACAGCAGUCAUCCCAUGCUUCCCUUACGCAAGACAAGAUAAAAAGGAUAAGAGUCGGGCACCCAUCUCUGCCAAGCUGGUUGCAAAUAUGCUUUCAGUCUCUGGUGCUGACCACAUCAUAACAAUGGAUCUGCACGCAUCCCAAAUACAGGGUUUCUUUGACAUUCCCGUGGACAAUUUAUAUGCAGAGCCUGCCGUGUUACAGUGGAUUAAAGAAAAUAUUCCAGAAUGGAAGAAUUGCACUAUAGUUUCACCAGACGCUGGAGGAGCCAAGAGGGUGACCUCUAUUGCAGACAGGCUAAAUGUUGACUUUGCCCUCAUUCACAAAGAAAGGAAAAAAGCCAAUGAGGUGGAUCGUAUGGUUUUGGUUGGAGAUGUGAAGGAUCGGGUGGCCAUAUUGGUUGAUGACAUGGCAGAUACAUGCGGUACCGUCUGCCAUGCAGCUGAAAAGCUUGUAUCGGCAGGUGCCACCAAAGUUUAUGCCAUCCUUACCCAUGGUAUCUUCUCUGGUCCAGCCAGUUCACGCAUCAACAAUGCUUCUUUUGAGGCUGUAGUUGUGACCAAUACAAUUCCUCAAGAGGAGAAGAUAAAACACUGUCCAAAAAUACAGGUUAUUGACAUUUCCAUGAUCCUCGCCGAGGCCAUUCGCAGGACCCAUAACGGCGAAUCUGUGUCCUAUCUUUUCAGCCACGUUCCUUUGUAACAUUUCACCACUUCUGGCCAAUGCCUAACUUCAUUCAUCUUACCCAAAGAGGCCUGACCGAAGAUAUCAGCCUUUACAGAUACAUUUCCGUAGUUUAGGAUUUUAGAAAGACUGAGAUUUUUCCACUGAGAGCAAGACAUGCAAUAUUGAGUUUUUGUUUUUCAGUCUAUAUUUUGUAUAAACUGCUGUUACAAUCUGUGACUAUAAACUAGAUUUUAGGUUAGCUAGUUUAAAAACGUGUCACAUUGUAAUUUAUUUGUUUGUAUUCACUGAUAUAAACUUCUGUGCUGAAUCAGGCAAAAUCACAUUUUGAAAAUAAGCGGUGAACAGGUGAUUUUGACAGCCUUAUUACAGAUUGUGUAAAUCAGUUUAGAGGUUUGUUUGCUAGGAUUAGAUUAUAGCUUGAUCUCUGCAGCUUGUGCUUGCUUACCAAAACCAUUAAAGGAUCCAUGUUCAUUUUCCAAGGAUGUUUUUAAGAACUCUUUAUAUGAACGUUUCUAUAAAUAAAAAGUACUUUCUUUCUUA